AUGCGUGGGCGUCGUCCUCCCAGCACGGCCUUCGUCUUCCUCUCCCUCCUCCUCCUCUCGCUGGUCCCACCGAUCGAGGUCCGUCGCGGCGGAGGCGGCGGUCUGGGCGGAGGAUCGCGAGGAUCCAGCGGGGCCCGAGCGAGUAGCGGUAGUCGAGGCGGAUCCAGUGGAUCCAGGACGUCGGGCGGCAUCUUCGGAGGCGGCCGAGCUUCCGGCACCAGAAUGAACGAGUACUCGAGAGGCACCAAUUUGGGACAGAAUCGGGGAACGGCGAGUGGCGGCGGAGGAUGGAAUACCGGAAAUUCGGGCGGUUCGAGUGGCGGAUGGAACAAUCGGGCGGGAUCUUCGAAUAUGAACACUGGAAGGUUGGUUCUCAAUGGAGCGCACUUGCAUUCCGGCGAAUAACUCUGUUCGGAAUUCUUCUUUUUGAAAUGUAGAGAUCGAAAAUUUGAAAAAUAUGAAUUCCACGAAAGGAUGUAUCCAUCUUCAGCAAGGGCGGAUUCCUGGGCGGUCUGUUCGGCAGAAAGCAACGUCCGCCCGUCUCCGGCGGUUGGGGUUCAAACAGGUUUUUCGAAAAGUGUUCUAACUCGGAGUUUUGUUUCAUCUUUUAUCGUUUUUUGAGAGAAAUAACUCACUCAACUCACACUUCACUAACUAUUUGUCUUUCAACUAAACGUUUUGACUGAAAAAUACGUUGUUUUAAAUUUUCAGAUGGACAAGCUCUGGACUGGGCUCUCGAAACCGCGGCAGUCAAUUCAAGAACAUGAUUGUGGGCGCCGCCGCCGGAUACCUCACCUAUCAGGCCGGAAAAGCGAUCAUCCGGGCCGCCGCCGGACCCAUGAUGUCAGUUUUUCGAGUUCUAGAGAUGAUUUGAAGCAUUUUGAGUCAACGCGGGCGGGAACUCUUUGGAAUCUAGUUAUCAAUUGUUUUUGCAGGUGGAACAACCGUCCCUACUACUGGGGUUCCAACUAUUAUCGAUCGAAUCCCGGACACUCGAACAUGUGCCGGAUGCCGAUUGAGUCGGGCGAUUCGCAGUUUGGAAAUGUCUACUUCCAGGUGAGCGUGGACUAGGAACACCUAGGCCAUGACCAAUUUGUUCGUUUCAGGACCAAUCGCGACCGCGCGAGAUCGUGUGGGGCUGCGGCUACUACGAGCACUGCUGCGGCUACGAGUGCUGCCGCGGCGGCGGAUCCGUCGGCUCGGACCGGAUCGGCGGGCGCGGAUCCUCGAUCGGGUACGCGCUUGUCAUCGCCUUCUUGGCCAGACGCCUUCUAUUCUGAUCAUGAUCAUCAUGCCGUGUAACGCUGUUUUAGCACUCUUUUCUCACAAACUUUCACAUUUUUCGCUCAAAUUUGGGUCUGGCCACGAAAAUUUUGUGUUUUUCGCGUCUCCACACCCAUUGCCUCUUUUGUAGACGCAUCGGAAUUGUGUAGGCCACGUUCAAUUUUGCACCGCCGCACGAUACGGGUCCCGAUUUCUUCCCCGAUUUUGCUAUUAAUAAAAAUUAUCGAUUUUUUGCUUGUUGCUGUUGUCUUCGUCGUUGUCGCAUGAUUUCUGCCGCUAGUUUCAGAACGUUUUCUAUUAUUUUUGCAGACUUCUCCUCCUAAUUUGCUUCGGAUUUUGCUGCGCGUUCCCGCUGAUCACCCGAUGGGUUCGAAGACGUCAAUUCGGAGCGGCCGCCUGA